AUGUCGUCCUCAUCAAAUCAAAUACAGCCCAACAACAACAACAACAACACUAGCAGCAUGGCCCUAUUCGAGCCCAUCCUGACGGACAGCGGUUUCGCCCUCCUCCAACGCAACACCGCUGCCCACCUCCCAUCCUCCGACCGCCGCGGCCGCAAGAAGCAGGCCGCAGCUGACCCCGGCCGCUUCCUUGGCGUUCGCCGCCGCCCCUGGGGCCGGUACGCCGCCGAGAUCCGCGACCCGACCACCAAGGAGCGCCACUGGCUGGGCACCUUCGACACCGCACAGGAGGCCGCCCUCGCGUACGACCGAGCCGCCCUCUCCAUAAAGGGGGCCAACGCCCGCACCAACUUCAUCUACGCCGACAUCCACACAAACCCCACCCUUCCCGCCAACUCCUUCCAACUCCAUAAUUACGAAAACAACCCUCCUCCUCCUCCUCCUCCUCCUCUUCCUCCUUGUUCACUCAACUCCGGCUAUUUGGACUGCGUCGUUCCCAACGAGUAUCUCAACCCUUCCAACAAUUCGGGCACGGGUCUUGGCGAAGUCCUCGAUUUUUCUUCCUCCACCUAUAAUCAGAUGGAUAUGGCGGGUCUUGCACCGUGGGAUAAUAAUUAUAAUAAUGACAGUACUAACUUUGUUGAAAACAUUAGUAAUUAUAGAAACGAAAGGGAAGACGUCGGAUGCUACGGGUCGUGGGAUUCGAGCUGCUGCGAGCUCUCGGCAGUGAUAAACAACAACAACAACAACAGCCCUUCAUCAUCAUCAGUAUCAAUGCCUCCUCACAUCACAACAAACGACAGUCCAGAUUUUCAAAUGACGGCGGGCUCAUCUUUCUUCCCUUCUUUCGGGGAUCCACUUGAUUUGGCAGCAGCCCAAUAUUCGCUAUUUUGA